AUGGAGGUCGCCAUCGAGACCGUGUCGUUCACGACGAGCGUGGAAGGGACGACGCCUGCGAUAGCAGCGGCAGCGUCGCAGCCAGACACCCUGGCCCUCGCAGCACAGUGCCCCUUCAUCCAGCAGAUCGUGGUCCUGACUGACGAUGCACAGGCAGUCUCCAACACUCUGGCUCCCUUUAUGGCCCUGGCAAACAGCACCACUGCACCCAGGAUGUUCCACCACCGGGCGAGGAUGACUGUGGAUGGAGAGGCAAGCCCCAGGGCCACGGUUGCAGUGGACAUGCCAAAGACACCGGGCUCUUCAGAACCCCUGCACAUCCCUGUAGGAGGGCUGGAGAGUCCUGCAAUUGGGAAGGAGCCUGUUGGAGCAGAGGGUGGGAAGCCCCAGCAAGAGGAGUCUACUGAGGAAGCCAGAGAGGAGAUUGUGGAGUCGUGGAAGCCAAAGCCAGAGCAGAAGCCAGAGGCGGCAAUAGAGGGGGAUGGCGCUGGUCAGCAAGCAGCCAAGGAGGAAGCUUCCCCAGAAGCUUCUGCGCAGGCGCAGCCUGCGUAG